UUCACCUGAAGUGAAAAAAAUGUUGACAGUUGUAAAAUCGAUGCAGUUGAGGCACGCUUUUAAAAUUAUUUAAAAAUGCCACCUGAUACGCAAGCAACUUCGGAUAGUGACUUGGAAAGCAUUAUAUCAAUUAAGGAAAUUAAGUCAAAAUCGAGGCGUAAUAGUACUGGACCUAAGUAUUUUUGCAGCAUAAGUAACUGCGGAGCUUCCUUUAAGCGCUUGGAUCAAUUGGAUCGGCAUGAGUAUCACCACACAGGAGUUAAAAAACAUGCAUGUUCCUAUGAGGGCUGUAAUAAAACUUAUUCUAUCGUCACACAUUUAAAACGUCAUUUGCGUACAACGCAUGAACGUAUUAAACCCGCUGAAAAGAAUGUUAAUUGUACCAUAGAAAAUUGCGAUAAAGUGUUUUAUUCUGUUUGCAAUAUGCAACGUCACAUACGUGAAGUGCAUGAAAAUCCAAAAAUCUAUAAAUGCACUUACUGCGGUGAAAAGUUUACACAGAAAUUAAAGAUGAGACGUCAUGAAAUAAUAAAACAUACUGGAGAAUAUCCGCAUAACUGUUCAAAGUGUUCGAAGGGUUUUUAUCAAAAGUGGCAAUAUGAAAGUCAUAUAUCUAUUUGCAAAAUAUAUCCAUGUACAGAUUGUGAGGAGACGUUUGACAAAUGGUCCUUGUAUACAAAACAUUGCAAGCAAACACUACAUGGCCGGCUCAGAUAUAAAUGUGAACAUUGUCCGUCAACCUAUAAUAAGCCAAGUGAAUUAAAAGCGCAUGUAGCUGCAAAACAUUUAACGGAUGAGCAACAAAUUACAUAUAAAUGUACGCAAGAAGGAUGCACACGGUUUUACAUUUACGAGCGCAAUCUAAAGCAGCACAUGCUAACUGCACAUAAUGGUAGACGCUUUGCAUGCACAGUGGAAAAUUGCUAUAGAGUGUUCCGUAGUUCACAGAAUUUAACAAAACACAAUCAAAAAGGUGAUCACACAAACACAAAUAUUAAAAAAGUUAAUAAAAAGUCGAAAACUGCAAGAAAAAAACGCAAGGAUAAAGGACAAUCACUUAUUUCAAAUCUUACUAAAUUGUCCGCAAUUGUCGUCGAUAAAAAACUAGACAAAUUAUUACGUGCGCGUGAAGACGACGCACUAAGUGCUGUUGCAGAAGAGAUGAUAAAACAAACAGAGGAAGACAUUACAGAUAUUGAAACUGAAUUAAAUUAAAUAUCACAUAUUUAAUUUGGAUAGCAAAUAAAACUAAAUAUGAUCAUUUAGCACAUAAAUAACAUAAGCUGUGAAAGAAAAAAUACCAGUAAUUUACAAAUAUGUUGUUGAAUUAACGUCUAUU